GACUUGCUUUCGAUGGGUCCAUCGGCCGCCGGGCAAGGAUGGGUUCGAUCAACCAGUCAAUCACCCAUGGGUCACGACCAACAACUUCCAUUCGCUACCAAGAAAACCCGAGUUCGAGCGCCAUAGGGGGGCACUCACAGCCGCGACCAGCCACCGACGGAUUACCAAAUCGCCGUACGGAUUACUACUGCACAGUUCGCCUUCUCCGAAUUCGGCGGUGGUUGUCGAAUCUGUGUUUGCUCCUCAAAACCCCAGCUCUUCUUUCGAUCUGAGGAGCGGUGCCCAUGGCGGGGAUCCUUGCGUGGGCAGCCGACGUGGUCGGCGGGGCCGGCGCCAGCGACGACGAGGCCGACGACGCGCGCGCCGUGGCCUCCGCCGCGAUGACCCCCGAGCAGCGGCUCCGCGCCGCCGAGCUGGACGCGCGGGCGGCCUCGCUGCGGCGCGCGAUCCAGGACUUGCGCCUCCGGGUGCCCCCGCCGCACGUGGCGCAGCGACUGCCACACCUCCAUGCUCACUCCCUCGCGUCGUCCGCCGCCCUCGCGCUCCAGCUCAACGCCCACUCCUCCACCAAGGAGCAGGCCCAGCAGAGAGAAAUAACUCUCCAAGAAGAAAAUGCAGCCUAUGAGAAAGCUAUAUCAAACUGUCAACAGAAAAUUCAGGAAAAGCGAAUGGAGACCAGCCUGCUUCAGAGUAAUCUGAAGGAAAUGGAGAUAGCAGAGCAUAAUUUGAAGGCACAGCUUGAAAUUGUUCUGAAGGAGCAGGAAGCUACUCAGCAUAAAGCAUCGACUACAGGUCCUGAAACAAGUGGAAAUGCUCUACUGGAGGUUGAAUCAUUGAUCAAUAUUAAGUCUAAAGACUUGGAGAAGAAGAAGAAAGAGUUGGAUUUAUUGGAUAACAAGGUGCAAACAUUGGAGAAAGAGUGGUCUGUGGUUGAAGAAGAAUCGUUAAAGAAUCCCAGCCCUGCCCAGAGGGAGAAGGUCCUGGAGAGACAACUACAUAGCCUCAUUGAGCAGUUGACAGCUAAGCAAGCUCAAGCUGAAAGCCUAGCCACUGAUGUACAUGACAAAGAAAAGGAAUUGGAAAGGCUAAACCAUUUGCAUAGAAAUCUUUACAGUAGCGCCAAUGAAAUGGGCGCGGCACGGAACCGGUCCAGCAGAGGUUUUUCGAGUGGUGCUGAGGAUUAUGAUGCCAAGGCUGUUCGGAGGCCCUACCAAUCUGGUGCUAGAACAGAAGGCCCGAAAAGACUAAUGAUUCUUAGGUCUGCAAUUGUUCUGUAUAUUUUGUUGCUUCAUAUUGUCGUUUUCAUAAAGAUAUCAGUUUGAAAGCAGUGAUAAAUCCUUAUUCGCUUCAUAGAAAAAAACUCUUGUUUUUGUGUACCAAACAUGCAAAUAUUUCUUGUGUAAAUAAUAUGUAUGUAACUGUUGACGAUCAGUUAUGCAAAUCAAUACUGAUAUAAAGCACCAGUUUAGGAA